AUGCCAGCCCUCCGACCUCCCAUGCUUGAAAACCAUGCACUUGUUGUUGCAGCGCUUGCCAUGUCAUUCCCCUCCCCACACGUGUCUUCUCUAAUACUUUUGUUUUUUAGUCCUGAGAUGCUUCGCCGUACACUUUCGCGCUGCUUUUCUGCGGAUGCCAUUGGCCCCGUGCACCCCGAUGUGAUGUGGGGAUAUAUGGACGCCCGCUACGCAGGGCCGGGGUGGGUGAGUUGGAUCAAGCAGUUGCCCGUCGAAACGCUCACCAUGCAGGGUGGCACCUCCAUGACAAAUAUGAACGACCGUACCGGCGUCAUUGCCGACCCAGAGGAUCCCCGGCAUCCAAUAGCGCUCAUACAAUGGGGACCCAUGAACCACUAUGACGGAGCCUUCAUGCAACUCUCCUACGGAGACUACGGUCCAAUCAGCCAAGGCUCCCGACUAAUGCAGGUGCUCUACGAUAACUAUUUGGAACCCUUUUCCAUGAACCGGGUGUGUGCCCAGCUGUACUUCUAUCAGAAGGUGCCGAACAACUACCACGAGUCUGUUGAGGCUUCUGCCGAAUAUAUUGGCCAAACUGCCUCGCUCAUUGGGCAAGUGUUGGUAGGAAUGGGUUCUGUUAUUAUGGAAGGUGUGACGGUGAAGGGUGACACGAACUGUGUGUACAUUGCAGAGGGCGUACAAGUGUUGGAAAACACGUGUAUAGUGAGUGACGCUCCAACCGACCUCCUUGCCUAUCAGCGGCACGAGGCAAUCAACCCCUACCAGCAAUGGGACGGCAUGGAUGGUGUGUGUAGAAUCAUGCAGAACACGAUCAUUGAACCUAACUGCUUCUUGGAUAGCUGUUCCAUCGGGCCUUUCAAUCGCAUAGGUCACAAUACCAAGAUCAUGAAGGGGGUAACGACAGGAACGAUGGUCCAUAUCCUCCCGGGAAGCGUUGUAACAAAGGACACAAAAAUUGGCGACGGUGAGCUUUGGGGUGGUGCUCCUGCGGUUAAAAUUGGAAAAGUGAGCAAAUUCGAGUGGAAACGUCCCUACUUCGCCUCCCUCCUGCACAGAGAGAGCGUAGUGGAGUCUUACCGCAACAUGUCGCGGUAUGGUGACCAGGUGGUGCACUUUCAAGACAAGAUGGGAAAGUUAGAUACGCUCAUGCUGCAAUAUGAAAAGGAUGUUCCAGCUUCUGUGAAGGCGAAGAUAAAGGAGUUUGUACAGGGGCGUGAACCGUUCCAUCAUAUGCUGACGCGGAUCACGCAAGGUUGGUCGCCCGCUAACCGCCCAGACGACAAGAACUACAAUCUGUGCCCACCGCUUCCGGGAGUGAAACUGUUUGCGGAGCACAAUAACGAUUCCUCUGAUAGUGAUCUUCAUGGAACUUAUAUGGACAUCACAAAUAUAUUUAACGACUUCCGCUGGUAG